AACAGUCAUUAUUUGUAUCCGUGUGCCCCUUGAUUUUCUAUCAGCUGUCAUUCUUAAAAAAAACAAUAUCGAUCAUACAAAAGGUCUGCUUCGGUGUUGCGAUAGCCAUCUUGCACGAAAGAUUUUCCCCGGGAACUUCGUGAUGUCCCAAACACUCCCGGAGGUCCCCUGCAACAAUCCGACUCAGUUUUGUCGGUUGUGUUUUUCUCGGCAAAACAUUCACUGGGUUAUUCGUACUAAUGGAACCGAAGUCGAUCUACCGUUUAUCAACACUAUCGGUUCGUGUCUGGGCGUGUGGCUCAAGUUGGACGAAGACUUUCCCUGUGCUGUAUGUCGCAAGUGUACCACGGAAAUAGAACGAAUAAUUGAGUUCCGCGAAAACUGUCGUUUGUGUGACGAGGCACUGAAACAGAAACGACAGAACGAUCCAACCGCACUGGUUCUGUUCUAUGAUUUCCCGGAGGAUCGUGUAUUUAUGAAUGUACUCCCGAAGCCCGGUUUCGAUGAGGCUGACGAUAGAACUUCCGAGAGUGAACUGAUUCUGCCCGAAGUUGUGCUGAACGAGGAUAGCCCAAAACAAGAACCACAUGUAGUUGACGGGUUACAAAACUACGAAAAACGAUUAGCUCUGACGAGUUAUUUCGAAUCUUACUCGAGAUGGUCUCAGCGAAUGUUAGAAGCGAAGGAUGAUGACGAAAGGACUGUUGUUGCUCCAGAGUCACUGGAACAGGAGAACCAGGAUCAAAAUGAUUCGGUGGUGAAUCCGAUGAGUGUCGGCUGGUGUUGUUUAUGUAGACGAAACUUUCACACUGCCACAAAGCUUAAGAAUCAUCUUGCGCUGAAGCAUUAUCAAAACGAUGGCUUUUACUGUGUUGUAUGUGGUAAAAAAUUGCGAACUUAUCCACAGUUGAGAGAACAUGCAUUACGACAUGACACAAAACUGAUGAUCAGCUGCGAAAAGUGUGGUAAAAAAUUUCCAACCCAUCAACAGCUGAAAGAGCAUGCAUUGCGACACGAGAAAAAACUAAUGAUUAGUUGCGAGAAGUGUGGCAUACAGUUCAGAAGAUCUCAUGAACUGGAUGCUCACCGCAAAAUGGAUAAUUGCCGAGUUCGUACACCGAUGUAUUGCAAGUGUCGAUACUGUGACAGAAUGUUUUCGAACAAAGGUCGCUACAUUUUCCAUCUCAAAGCACUGCACUCUGACAAACCGCUGCCAGAUCUAUCCAAGCAGCACCACCACGUAGAGCGUAAACUUCGAAGACCUUUCAGAAAUGAGGCGCUUGAUAGGAUAAUCACCGACACCGACGGUAAAGAUCCACACAUUGAAAAGAAUGGUCGAUUUGUUGUUUGUUUAGGACCGAUUCUUCCUCACAUGAGAAAUGCGCGCUUCCCUGACAGGAAGAUAGAGAACAAUAAAAACACAUUGUCUCGAACGGUAGAAAGCGGUCGCAUUAUGGUGUCUCUGGACAAACUUUCAGACGAUGAUCUUUUGAAAAUGAACCAGCACAGCCCAACCAAUUCAGAAGCUCAGAUUAUCCCGGAAGAAGUAAUCUGCACCAUCUGUUUUGUGCAGUUCCACGAUUUGCUGGAAUUCAAUAUUCAUCUGAAACAGUGUCGAGCGACGGUUGCCAGUUCGCUUGCAUCAUCUCCAAAGCCUUUCGAGUUGUGUCAAUGUGAAAUAUGCAUUGAUAUUGUAGAUGAGCACGAUCAAUUCAGUGAGCAUUUGCAACAUCACGGGUGUUCGUUGGAUGUGAAACUUCACGACUGUUCACUAUGCACCGAAUGGAGACUGAGUUCGACGCAGGAAACCCGAUUAUCCACGCCACCAUUGAUUCUCGGUGACUAAAUUUGUUUUUGUUUCUUUUCAAACCUUGAUUACGGUAGACUUCAAUCUAAUUUGAACUAAGUCAGAGGAAAUAAAGAUGACAAACAUUACAGCCUGUAAAAAUAUUAGGCAUUCAUUGGAAAA